GGUCAGCGGGGCCAUGGCGGCGGCACCGGCACCGUCGCCGCGGUCGUUCAGUGCCGCCGAGGUGCGGGCUCGCUGCGCGCAGGGCGCCUGCCUCGUGUCCUGCCGCCGCCGCCUCUACGACCUGAGCGGGUUCGUGCGGCUGCACCCGGGAGGGGAGCAGCUGCUGCGGCGCCGCGCGGGCACCGACGUGAGCGCAGCCCUGGACGGGCCGCCGCACCGGCACUCGGACAACGCCCGCCGCUGGCUGGAGCAGUACUACGUGGGGGAGAUGGAGCCCGGCGAGGAGCAGAACCCUACCAAGCCAGUGGAUGAGCAGACAGUGGGUGCUGCAACCCAGACCCCAGCAGGGAUGGAUCCCCGCUGUAAAACAGUGGAUGUGGGGAAGGACCUGGUGGACUGGCAGAAGCCCUUGCUGUGGCAGGUGGGCUACCUGGGGGAGAAGUACGAUGAGUGGGUGCACCAGCCCGUGGAUCGUCCCAUCCGCCUCUUCCACUCGGAUUUCCUCGAGUCCCUCUCCAAGACAGCGUGGUAUGUGGUGUUCAUGGUGUGGACUCCUGUAGUGCUCUAUCUCAGCUGGGUCAGCUACACCUCCCUUGCCCAGGGCAACACAAGGCUCUUCUCCUCUUUCACCACAGAGUACUCCAUCCCCGUCCACAAAUAUUACUUCCCCUUCAUCUUCCUCCUGGGGAUGUUCCUGUGGUCCCUGCUAGAGUACCUCAUCCAUCGCUUUGUCUUCCACAUGAAGCCACCUGCUAGUAACUACUAUCUCAUCACCCUGCAUUUCUUGCUGCAUGGGCAGCAUCACAAGUCUCCCUUUGACAGCUCCCGCCUGGUGUUUCCUCCCGUGCCAGCCUCGCUAGUGAUCGGCUUCUUCUAUGGCGUCCUGCAGCUCCUGCUGCCCGAGGUGCUGGGGCUCUCAGUGUUUGUUGGGGGGCUCUGUGGCUACGUCAUCUACGACAUGAUGCACUAUUACCUCCACUAUGGGUCACCGAAGAAGGGCACCUACCUGUAUGGCCUGAAGGCUUAUCACGUCAAGCACCACUUUGAACACCAAAAAUCAGGCUUUGGCAUCACCACUCGCUUCUGGGAUCACCCCUUUGGGACUCUCAUCCCUGAAGAGACCUUUGAGAAGAAGGACUGACGGCUCUGAUGGUAUGGCACCUGGCUGUUGCCUCUUCCCAUCCCCGGCUGGGGCUGGCGUCCCUC